GGGACUUUGCGCCUCUGGCCGGCCUCUCCCGAGCGCGUCUAUGAGCGCAGCGUUCCCGCCGCCCUCGCUGAUGAUGAUGCAGCGCCCGCUCGGGAGUAGCACCGCCUUCAGCAUAGACUCGCUGAUCGGCAGCCCGCCGCAGCCCAGCCCCGGCCAUUUCGUCUACACCGGCUACCCCAUGUUCAUGCCCUACCGGCCGGUGGUGCUGCCGCCGCCGCCGCCGCCGCCCGCGCUGCCCCAGGCCGCGCUGCAGCCCGCGCUGCCGCCGGCGCACCCGCACCACCAGAUCCCCAGCCUGCCCACCGGCUUCUGCUCCAGCCUGGCGCAGGGCAUGGCGCUCACCUCCACGCUCAUGGCCACGCUGCCCGGCGGCUUCUCCGCGUCGCCCCAGCACCAGGAGGCGGCCGCCGCCCGCAAGUUCGCGCCGCAGCCGCUGCCCGGCGGCGGCAACUUCGACAAGGCUGAGGCGCUGCAAGCAGACGCGGAGGACGGCAAAAGCUUCCUGGCCAAGGAGGGCUCGCUGCUCGCCUUCUCCGCGGCCGAGGCAGUGCAGGCGUCUCUGGUCGGGGCUCUCCGAGGACAGGCGAAAGACGAGUCCAAGGUGGAAGAUGACCCGAAGGGCAAGGAGGAGAGCUUCUCGCUGGAGAGCGAUGUGGACUACAGCUCGGAUGACAAUCUGACCGGCCAGGCGGCCCACAAGGAGGAAGAGGCGGGCCACGGGCUGGAGGAGCCCCCGCCGAGCGGCGGUGGCGGAGGCGGCGCGGGCAGCACCACCUCCACGGGCAAGAACCGGCGGCGACGGACUGCCUUCACCAGCGAGCAGCUGCUGGAGCUGGAGAAGGAGUUCCAUUGCAAGAAGUACCUGUCCCUGACCGAGCGCUCGCAGAUCGCGCACGCCCUCAAACUCAGCGAGGUGCAGGUGAAAAUCUGGUUCCAGAACCGCCGCGCCAAAUGGAAACGGGUGAAGGCGGGCAAUGCCAACUCCAAGACCGGGGAGCCUUCGCGGAACCCCAAGAUUGUCGUCCCCAUCCCGGUCCACGUCAGCAGGUUCGCCAUCAGAAGUCAACAUCAGCAGCUGGAGCAGGCCCGGCCCUGAGGGCUCCGGCACCCCCCUGCCACCCC